UCGCCUGGAAAGGGGGGGAAGUUUGAUCCUCUUUCUCACGGAUCACAGUUACGGGAGUUUCUCUCCCCUGCUCACCGAGCACCAGGAUUUCCUUCUUUAACUUUUGAAUUCUUCGUGUAGGUCUAGCAGAACGACAUUGUGUAGAAUAACAGAUUUCGCAUAGGCUAUAACUUAGCUCCGCUAACACGGGGUUUAAAUUUUAUUUACUCACUUUUCGUUUCCUUUUGUCAUUUGAGCCCAAAUGACUAUGCUCCUUGACAGUGGUCCUCAGUUCCCAUCGCUUGGAGUUGGGGGGUUCGGAACACCGAGGCAUCAUGAACUCGGGAACAGAGACCCGGGUCUGGGACUAAAUCCCUUCGCAGAUUCCUCACAUUCGGCAGCGUUCAAGCUUAGUCCAGUGACCCACGAUAUCGCGUCUAGUCAGACGUCUGCGUUUACUCCGCAAGCUACUGGAUAUGCAGCCGCGCUUGGGCACCACCACGGUGGACAGGUGGGCUCCUACGGCGGGGGACCGUUCAAUACAACCCGCGACUUUCUCUUCCGAAACCGUGGAGCUGGCAUCGGCGAGUCGGCAGCAUCGAGCGCCCAGCAUGGGAUCUUUGCUGCUUCCGCGGGGAGUCUACACGGACCCCAUGCAGGAAUCUCUGACAACCCGGGACAUCUGUUGUUUCCUGGGCUCCACGAGCAGGCAGUAAGCCACACAUCACCGAGCGGACAUGUAGUAAACAGUCAAAUGCAUCUUGGUUUACGCGGGGACAUUUUUGGAAGACCAGACCCGUACCGUCCCGUCGCGAGUCCUCGGACGGACCCUUACGGCACCGCUCAGCUGCAUAACUACAACCACCCGAUCAAUAUGAACAUGGGGAUGAACGUCCCGACACACCACGGCCCAGGGGCUUUCUUUAGAUACAUGAGGCAGCCGAUAAAGCAAGAAAUGUCCUGUAAAUGGAUUGAGGAGAACCAGAUGAACCGACCCAAAAAGACUUGCGAUAGGACUUUCAGCACCAUGCAUGAAAUGGUAACGCAUGUGUCCAUGGAGCACGUUGGCGGCCCGGAGCAGAGUAACCACAUUUGCUUCUGGGAGGAUUGUCCCAGAGAAGGAAAAUCAUUUAAGGCCAAAUACAAACUCGUCAAUCACAUCCGUGUACACACUGGAGAAAAGCCCUUCCCGUGUCCGUUUCCAGGCUGUGGCAAAAUAUUUGCAAGAUCGGAAAAUCUGAAAAUUCAUAAAAGAACUCAUACAGGAGAGAAACCGUUCAAGUGUGAAUUCGAUGGCUGCGACAGACGCUUCGCCAACAGUAGCGACAGGAAAAAGCACAUGCACGUGCACACUUCUGACAAGCCCUACAUCUGCAAAGUGUGCGACAAGUCCUACACACACCCCAGCUCUCUCAGGAAACACAUGAAGGUACACGAGUCACAGGGUUCAGAGUCGUCUCCUGCAGCAAGUUCUGGAUAUGAAUCGUCUACACCCCCAGUUUUAGUCUCAGCGAACACAGAGGACCCCACGAAAACCCCACCGUCUGCAGUGCAAAACACAUCUGCACACAGCGAUGGACUAGCGCCCAACUUUAAUGAAUGGUACGUUUGAAGUGACAAACAAGCUCUCUAUACGGACCACAAGAGUAAGGAAACCUUCAAAACUAUUCAAGGUGUACAAAAUGGCAUGGGCACAACAUGGAGAGAUAACAGUUUGCCAGCAGGCCUCGUCCUUUCUCAGGAUUCGAAAAAAUUGACUUUUAUUCCGAGUUCGAAGAAACAAAUCAUAAAUAAAAUACUUUCUAAGAAUAAAUAAAAUGUUUUUCACUUUUAGUUUUCAGGUUUCAGAUAAUUAUUUUAUUUUUCAUUUUAUGUAUUUUCUCAAAAUUUUAUUUAAAAAUAAAAGGAAGAAUAUUUCACGGUGUUUUAUAUUAAGGUGAGAGUUCACCAUCACCUUUUAAUUGAUUGUUACAACUUCAAACAGUCUUAAGAAACGUGCCAAAGUCUUUGUCUUGAACUUGAACAAGAAAAUAAAUCAUAAAUAAGUAUAUAGCCUACUCGUGAAUGUAUUUCCUUGUUUGAUGGGGUCGAAUCUGUUGUCCACGUCCGUUUUCAGGUGGAGAAGUGUGAUGUUAGGUUACGAUUGUUACAUUUGAAUAUAACGUUGCCUUUUGUUAAUAACGAUGUAAAUACAUAUCCAUGAUGCCAUAUUUAUCAAUUUGUAAUUUAAUUAUCGGGGUAAGAUCCGAAUCUUAAAUGAUAUUUAUGGAAAUAUUUUCUAACAAGACUGUACAGUUUUGGGUCAUAACCAGUUUAACAUUUAAGAAAAAAAAUCAUUAACUCUAAAGCUCCCAUUCUGCGAUUGUAUCUUUUUUUACACAAUAAAUGUGUCUUAUUUGGAGAAAAAAUAUCAAUUACAUAAAUAUAAUUGAUUGACAUUUGUUUAUAUAAUGUUUUUACUUUACUGCCAUUCUUUUUAGCUUGUGAGACCAUUGAUAAACAUGUGAAGCAUAAAUUCUGUAGUUGAAAAAAUAUAUAAAGCACGUCUAUCGACAUGCUUUUAAUUUUGAUCAAAUUAACUACUUUUUUAUGUAUUUACUUUAGCAUCAGAGCGUAGACCUAAUUUGUACUAGCAAAGCUUAGCUACAAAUUUCAAGGGCCCUCCAGCCACUUGCAUUCAUUCCUUGCAUCAUGAUCAGAUUCUCAGAAAAGUUCUACCAGAGCAUAUAGUUUUCAUUCAUGAACUGUAAACACAUGUGACAGUGUACAAAACACCAUUUCUAAAUUCUUUGGGAUGAGCCCAACCAUGAGUCCGUAUCCAUUUAUCGAUGGUUCCAGUACUGUCUUUGUGGAUGCAAGUAGCUACGUGUUUAAAUGUGUCCAUUAACAACAAUGAACUGUCACAACACAGGAAUUUCAAAAUAAAAGUUUUUUGUCAGCUUGCAUUGUUUUAAAUGUAGCUCUUCUGUGAAUAUUAGCGUUGUUAUUCGUUAUGAAAACUGUGGUUGUUACAUAUAGAGAAGUCUGAUUUUCUUGUUUUAUGUGAAUAACCUUCCGAGAUGACCUGUUUGUGCGAUCACAACUUUAGUCUGAAGAGUACUAGAUUUAUGUUUCAUGAGGGGAUAUAUGUUUAAUGGCACAAAGAGUUACAGCAUUGCAUUGUAACUUAUUUUUAAGAAUUGAAACUUAUGCAUAUACAAAUAUAUUGUGCUUAUGAGACGAUUUCAGAACACCAGCACUACUUUUAAAAAGAAAAUGUAAACAGCACCUCGUAAGCAACGAUGAUAUAUUAAAUAUGUUUAUUUAAAUAAUUUAAUGAAUAUAUGUUUUAUAAACUAUUUUCUAUACAUUAAUUUAAAAGAACUACGUUUUUUAUUUCAAAUCACCCUCAUAUACUGUAACCUAGGCCCUGAUGUCAGAUUGAACUUCUGAUGUAUAAGCGCAGCUAGUUUGUGAUGUUGUAACAUUUUCUGGGGAAAUGGGUCACGCAUCAAGUUAUUCCUGAAAAGCAAAGUGUUUAACUGAUGAACUGUGUCACAGUGCCACAUAAGACGCAAUUGAUAAUACUACAACGCGCCUAAAUUUAGGGGAAAGAGAAGAAUAGGCUUCUUACUUGUACUUUUUCAAAGCAGGAUAAUUUUUGUUGGUCUGUUUGUUUUACAAACUAUUUAUGAUAAAAUG